AGGUCUCCAAUGGGUAUUUUCUUUUUCUUAGCCCUGCCCCUGAAUUGUCAGACGGCGGGCGUCUGCCUCUGAAGUUCGCAGUGAUUUCCUUUAGAGCCUGGCCUUAUCUCCGGCUGCACGUUGCCUGUUGGUGACUAAUAACACAAUAACAUUGUCUGGGGCUGGAAUAAAGUUGGAGCUGUUUACCCCCACUCUAUGGGGGUUCAAUAUAAAAAGGCGGCGGAGAGCUGUCCGAGCCAGACGCGCUUCUGCAUCUGUGCUGGGGCGAGCGCCCAGAGGGACCUCGGGGCUCCGCCGCUGUCCCCGCGCGCCACCACCGCGUGCGUCUUCAGACGGCUCCCGCUGCCUUCUUUCUCUCCUGGCAGAAACUUCUUUUUCUCCCCAUUAGAGAGCACUUAGGCUGCAGGAUCGCUUUGAGAUCUGAAUAACCAGAAGCGCUUGGAGGGAGCUGAAGCUGUUUUUCUUCGUUUUCCUUUGGGUUUAGCUCGCGGGAGAGACUUUUGAUCCUUUUUCCAGAAUGGAUUAUUUCCCCAUGAUUUUCUCUCUGCUGUUUGUGGCGUUCCAAGGAGCUCCAGAAACAGUGGUCUUGGGGGCCGAGCUCAGCACAGAAGCGGACGGCGGAGGGGAGAAGCCCUCUCCCAGUGCGCCCUGGAGGGCCCGCCGGUCCAAGCGCUGCUCCUGCUCCUCCUUGAUGGAUAAAGAGUGUGUCUACUUCUGCCACCUCGACAUCAUCUGGGUCAACACUCCCGAGCACAUUGUUCCAUAUGGACUUGGAAGCCCUUCCAGGUCCAAGCGAUCCUUAAAGGAAUUAUUUUCUACAAAGGCCACAGACCACAGGAAUAGAUGCCAAUGUGCUAGCCAAAAAGACAAGAAGUGCUGGAAUUUUUGCCAAGCAGGAAAAGAACUCAGGGGCCAAGACACUAUGGAGAAAGGCUGGAAUAACCAAAAGAAAGGAAAAGACUGUUCCAAGCUUGGAGAGAAGUGUAUUCAUCAACAGCUAGUGGAAGGAAGAAAAAUAAGAAGGUUGGAGGCCAUCAGCAACAGCAUCAAAACAUCUUUUCGUAUUGCAAAGCUAAAAGCCGAGCUCUACAGAGAGAAGAAAGUGACCCACAACCGAGCACACUGAUUCCAGAUCCUCUGGGCCUGUCUGCAGCCAUCUCCUUCACGGAGAGCUGUGUGCCCAACUCUGCACUCUCUCCACACUGGCUGGGAUUAGAGCAAAAGCAUCUUCUCUGCUUAGACCGUUUCUUGUUCCAGACUGACAGAGGACCAGCAUCCUUGUUCUGAACAUUCCAAGAAAGACUAUGGAGUCCCCCAACCCAUCUUCACUUGCUCCCAUCCGUGGUAACUGCUUUCGUCUUCUCUUCGUUUGGGGUGACAGUGGACCCAUCAAAGAAAGCAGAGAGACACAGUGACCCGCCAGUUAGGGUGGCAUCCUCCAGAGGGAGGUGAAGAGAUUCCACGUGCAGGUGGAGCUCCCGAAGAGGGUCCCAAGGGAGUGUUUGUGUCUCACUCAGGCGCCUGGCACAUUUCAGGGAGAAACUCCAAAGUCCACGCGAAGAUUUUCUAAGGAAUGCACAAAUCGAAAACACUCGAAGGACAAACACUCGAGUAAAAUAAAAAGACUUUUUUUUAAUUCAUAAAAUGCAAAACUGAAAGGAACUAUUCCUACUGUAAAUCAGGAUGUGUUUCAUGAAUGCGUCUACCUCACCUGUAGUGCACUCUGGCAGAAGUAUUUCCCCACCUUUAAUUAUUGCCUCCUCAAGCUCUUCCCCUCCUGCCACUCUCUCCCCCAACCCCCCACACUAAGUCCUAGCCUCAUAGAAGUCUAGUCUAAUGUGUGUGUCAGUAGUAGAUAUAACAUUUUCAUGGUAAUCUACUGGCUCUGAUCCAUAAGAAAAAAACGAUAAUUAAAUCAGGAGAUUGCCUUGCCUUGAUUUUUGGAAACACAAUGGUAUAGGGUUCUUUAUGACAGACAUUGAAGAGGAAACAUUGGUUAUGCUUUCAAGCAGUAAAAUUAUUUUCCUUUAUGUAACCGGCUAAUGGAAGAGGUUGGAUUAAAUUUGGAUGUACUUAUUUUUUUAUAGAUAUUUAUAUUCAAACAAUUUAUUCCUUAUAUUUACCAUGUUAAAUAUAUGUUUGGGCAGGCCAUAUUGGUCUAUGUAUUUUUUUAAAAUGUAUUUCUGAAUGAAAUUGAGAAAAUGCUUUGUUUUGCCUAUCAAGGUAAUGACGUUAGAAAAUAAAUAUUUUUUU